UUUGUUAAAGUUUUUCUGAAGAAACAUCCGGAGCCAUGAGUUUUUCAGCCAACAGGCGCAUCGUGGCGGGCCUGCUGGUCAACCUGCUGUCCUCCAUCUGCAUCGUCUUCAUCAACAAAUGGAUCUACGUCCACUACGGCUUCCCCAACAUGACCCUGACCCUGGUCCACUUUGUGGUCACCUGGCUGGGACUCUACGUUUGCCAAAAAAUGCACAUUUUCUCCCCGAAGCGGCUGCCGGUGCGCAGGAUCAUGUGGCUGGCGCUCAGCUUCUGCGGGUUCGUGGCGUUCACCAACCUGUCCCUGCAGAACAACUCGAUCGGGACGUACCAGCUGGCCAAAGCCAUGACCACGCCCGUCAUCAUCCUCAUCCAGACCACCUACUACAAGAAGACCUUCUCCACCAAGAUCAAACUGACGCUGGUGCCCAUCACAAUAGGAGUGGUCCUGAACUCCUGCUAUGAUGUUCGCUUCAACCUGCUGGGGACCGUGUUCGCUACGCUGGGAGUUCUGGUCACUUCACUUUACCAAGUGUGGGUAGGAGCCAAACAACAUGAGCUCCAGGUGAACUCCAUGCAGCUUCUGUAUUAUCAGGCUCCUCUGUCGUCAGCGUUCCUCCUCGGCAUCAUCCCUCUGUUUGAGCCGCUGACCGGAGAUGGGGGGAUUUUUGGACCGUGGUCUCUGCCUGCUCUGGUGACGGUGCUGUUCUCAGGUGUGGUGGCGUUCCUGGUGAACCUGUCCAUCUACUGGAUCAUCGGAAACACCUCAGCCGUCACCUACAACAUGUUCGGUCACUUUAAGUUCUGCAUCACUCUGGUUGGAGGAUACCUGCUGUUCCACGACCCGCUGUCACUCAACCAGGCGUUGGGGAUCCUCUGCACUCUAGCGGGAAUCCUGUCCUACACUCACUUCAAGCUGGUGGAGCAGGAGGAGGGGAAGAGCCGCCUUGCUCAAAGACCAUAGGAACACCUGUCAAUCACCUGAGUGGACCGCUGCCUGGCAGAGCCACUGAGGCUCUUUAAACAUUUUAUUGUUUUUAUCAGGAGAAGAAGAACGUUUUCCUCUUGGUUUAAUUCUCCGCUCUGAUCUUAAAGGCAGCUGAAGCUCGUCCUCGUGUCGACAGAAGGACUUUAAUCAAAACGGUGUUAAUUUAAUAAAAACUGUUUUUAUUAUUUUACACAAAGGAACAAGCAGAACUUUCAUCAAACGCCUGAUUUGGCCUCAGAUUUCUGCAGAGUAUCCUGCGAAAGGUUUGACAUUUUAUGGACGAACAGAAUGAUUUUACGAGUUCACGUCAUUGUUUCUGACGGAUUCCUGAAGAAAAUAUAAAAUCUUCUUCAGCUGCUGGAGAUGAAGUCUGCCUUCACAAUAAAAACCAGUUGUCACAGUAUUUGAGGGACAGAAAGUGACACGUGCAGCAUUUUUAAAAACCUUUAMUCUAUAAACAAAUCAGAUCCAAUCUAAAGACUCUUUAUGACUAAAAUAUGUUUUUGAAGGAGAAAUGACGUUUUUCCUUCUAGAUUUUGGCAAAACACACGAUUUGUUUGGGAAAAUAAUAACAGAUACGGCUGAGUUAGUGGUUUAGAAUUGAAGUUUAUACAAAAACUAUAUUUGAUUGAUAUGAUUGAGUCUAUAAAUUUUAUUUUUUAAUGAAACAGUUUUUAAUAAAAUGUUUGUUUGAUGCAAUACAACCAAAACUGUUCCUGAUUGUUUACAGUAGUUGAUUUUUAAAACUGGGAUGGUUUUAUUUCCCUGCAAAUGUUUGUGAUGAAGCCUUUAAACACAGCAGUUUGUUUAUUAAGUCGUUUUUUGUAUUCAUUUUGGUUGUUAGUUGCUUUUGUUCAUGUUUUAGUUUCUUCCUGCUUGUAGUUUGUUAGUGCUGCUGUUUCUUUUUGUUUGUUUUGUUUCCAGUUUUGGCAGAAUAUGUUGUAAAACGGAUAUAAUUGUAGUUUUUUUUUUUUUUUUUUUUAAUAGAUAACAUUUCAGGUAACAGGUUUAUUUCUCGCCUCCAGAAAUAUUCUGGUCUUUUGUUUUCAUCAGUUAGUUAUGACGAUCAAUCCCAGAUGAGAUUGAAAUAUUUAAGAGCUGUCUUGUUGGUGAAUGAACUUCUGAAUAAAAUUAAAAUUUAA